UGCACUACUUGGCUGUAGAUUUUUCUUAUUUUAUCUUUUAGACGAAAAUGAAUAGAAUUAAGGUAUCUGACGUGAGCCAGUCGUCAAUAGGAACUUUCUAUUUUCCGUCACUGUAAUUUCAACGCGAAUGUUACAAAGUUACUGCUAAGAAGAUAAAAGUUUCUUCUUUCUUUGCAAUUAUCGCGCCCUAUUAUAAAUGUAUCUUUUGGUAGUUAUCGCCCUCUGUUUCGAAUGCCAAGCCAAGCUUCGUCAUUCAACUUUGCCGCUUUUACCGUAGUCAGUUGAAGUUUUUUCAGAGUUUCAGAUGCCUUUUGCAAAAUUUGAUCGAAAUGCUGAUAAACAUGUAGCAUCUGUUGCUCCCAAAGUUACGCCGAGAAGCACUGGAAAUGGAUAUGUAGAUGCACUUUUGUGCGGCGGCGUCCCACCUGGGUCGUUUCUGGUCUCGGAGGACAGUGCUGGACGAGGUCCUUCAGAUGUAUUUGCGAAGUGUUUUCUCUCAUAUGGUUUCAACAGCAGCGACCAUUUGGUAGUAAGCGGGGAUGUACCAAACUGGGAACUUCCAAGUUGUAAAACAAAACAACCAGAGAUUGAUGACUUACCGAAACAAUCAAGUGCAGCGGACACUGAGUUUCACAUUGCGUGGAGAUAUUCCAGAAAAGCGAAUGCAACAAGUACAGAAGCUAGAAUCGCAUACGAUUUCGACAAAUUGUUUAAAUUAGCGGAACAAAAGCAAACGAGCUUCUCGACAAUUAACCUGGCAGAACCUGAUACAGUUGAAACAUUGAAGCGAGUACUUGAAUCGCAAAUACGAGAUACCAAGCAAGAAAACACAUUGACAAGAAUCUGCAUGGCUUAUCCAGAAACUGAAGAUUGCAAUCACCAGGAAAUGCUGAAAUUUCUCUUCAAAUUAAAGUCCCUUGUGAGGAGUUAUGAAGCUAUUUUGCUGCUGACUGUACCUGUAUACUUGGACACUUUUGUUAGAAAUUAUAUCCUUAUGAUUUCUGAUUAUUAUAUCAAGUUUGAACAGUUUCAAGCUACUUCAGUUGAAUCUGCAAACGAUGCACUUUUGAAAGAAUACAAUGGAUCAGUUGAGUUUAGAAAAGUAUGGAACCACGAUGGAUUCAAGAUGCCAUAUAAACUGAUUGAUCUCGUGUACAAGUUCAAGAGGAAAAACUUAGUGGUGGAGAAAGGUUGUCUGCUCCCAGAUUUAUCAGAAACUGCAAGUCGCAAUGAACGCAGGCCUGAACUUGCUAGUAAACUUAAAAAACACGCGGACUUGUUUUGAAUUUUCUUAUACGAAAGUUUCUAUUAAUUGUAACAAAAAAGUUUUUAUUUGUGCAGAUUUUUUUUCAGUUUCCACUAAAUAACUACUCAUUGAUUUCGACGAAGAUCUGAGAAACAUGGCUCUCUUAUUUCUGUUAGCGCAGUCGCAUCAAAUCUGUUCACGGUUGAUUUUGA